GUCACUAGCUCUCCCCACUGCAAAAUCAAUUUCUCUUGUCUGCCUCUUUCUCUCCGUCUCUCUGACAGGUCUCACUCUGUAUCCCAAUCUGGCUUGAACUACGUAGCCCAUGCUGGUCUGGAUAUUUCUGUCUCAGCCCUGAAGGCUGGCAUUACGGGCAUCAGCCACUCCACCCCGCUUGAAGGGUUUCUGGACUCCGGUGAACGCACAGACUUAGGGCUGAAAGGCAUGAUUCUCUCCAUCUCAAGGACUUCUGGUGAGUGGUCUGUGCUCCUCCUUGGAUGGUCCCACUCCCCGCGUCCCUAAAACGUGUACGGCGGGCGUGUCUGCUGAAUCCGAGGGCUGAGACACUGUUUCCGGCGUAGAGGUUCGAACCGACGAGGACAGAAAGUCUGGGAGAAGAAAGCGGAAGCGCGGCCAGGAGUAGCAGAGACUGCGCAUGCGUGAGCUCCAGGGCGUCACGUGGGCAGGCGUCCGGGGCCGGGAGCUCAGGUAAUGUCUUCCUACUACCUGAGACAGGCCGGGCGGCGUGUGAGCGGGGCGGCGUGUGAGGGGACCCCGCGCCAGGGGAGCGCAGGCCGGGGCUGCGGCCCUGUCCCUCCCGGCGACAGUACGGCCCUGGACGCUCUCAGCAGCCCGGCCUCAGCGACCUAGGCCCCCGCGUUCGGCUUCGCACUGGGUCAGGCCGGUUCCGCCGGUUCCUCCGGCCGCUUGCGAGAUCAUCAUUCAGAUCAUUGUAAUCUAAUACCAAAAACAAGACAAAUAAUUGCAUGGAUUGAUUGAAUAUCAUUAUUGAAAGCAAAUAUGGAAAACGAACCAGACCAUGAGAAUGUGGAACAGAACCUGUGUGCCAGGACUACUGAAGAAGAGCUGAAUAAGUCUUUCAAUUUAGAAGCUUCACUUUCAAAAUUCUCUUACAUAGAUCUGGACAAGGAACUGGAGUUCAAAACUGACCUGAUUGAUGACAAGGAGUUUGAUAUUCCUCAAGUCGAUACUCCUCCAACACUGGAAAGCAUACUAAAUGAGACUGAUGAUGAAGAUGAGUCUUUUGUUCUUGAGGAUCCUACAUUUUUAAACAUUGAUACCAUUGAUUCUCACUCCUAUGAUACCUCAUCUGUGGCAAGCUCUGACAGUGGUGACAGGACCAACUUAAAAAGAAAAAAGAAGUUACCUGAUUCUUUUUCACUACAUGGAUCAGUUAUGCGACAUUCACUUCUGAAGGGAAUUUCUGCCCAGAUAGUGUCUGCAGCUGACAAAGUAGAUGCCGGCUUGCCUACAGCAAUUGCAGUGUCCAGUCUGAUAGCAGUGGGAACAUCUCAUGGAUUGGCUUUAAUAUUUGGAAAAGAUCAGAACCAAGCAUUGCGACUCUGCUUGGGUAACACUAGUGUUGGAGGGCAGUAUGGAGCCAUCUCUGCCCUCAGCAUCAACAAUGACUGUUCAAGACUUCUUUGUGGCUUUGCUAAAGGACAGAUCACCAUGUGGGAUUUGGCCAGUGGAAAACUCCUUAGAUCAAUAACAGACGCUCAUCCCCCAGGAACAGCAAUACUACAUAUCAAGUUUACAGAUGAUCCAACUCUUGCAAUUUGCAACGACAGCGGAGGCUCUGUUUUUGAAUUGACAUUUAAGAGAGUAAUGGGAGUGAGAACUUGUGAAUCCAGAUGUCUGCUUAGUGGUUCCAAGGGUGAAGUUUGCUGCAUUGAGCCUCUGCAUUCUAAGCCUGAGUUGAAAGAUCAUCCCAUCACACAGUUUUCAUUAUUGGCCAUGGCAUCCCUAACAAAGAUCCUGGUUAUUGGAUUGAAACCAUCCUUGAAAGUGUGGAUGACUUUCCCCUAUGGACGGAUGGAUCCUUCCAGUGUUCCAUUAUUGGCCUGGCACUUUGUGGCAGUACAUAACUAUGUGAAUCCCAUGCUUGCUUUCUGCAGAGGAGAUGUUGUUCAUUUUCUAUUGGUUAAGAGAGAUGAAUCAGGAGCAAUUCAUGUCACUAAGCAAAAGCACCUUCAUCUAUACUAUGAUCUUAUCAACUUUACUUGGAUAAACUCACGCACAAUUGUGCUUUUAGACAGUGUAGAGAAGUUACAUGUUAUUGAUCGGCAGACACAAGAGGAAUUGGAAAUAGUGGAGAUCUCAGAAGUUCAGUUGGUGUAUAACAGCAGCCACUUCAAGUCACUGGCCACUGGAGGGAAUGUGAGCCAGGCGCUGGCUUUGGUUGGAGAGAAGGCUUGUUAUCAAUCCAUCAGUAGUUAUGGUGGCCAGAUCUUCUACUUGGGGACAAAAUCUGUUUAUGUGAUGAUGCUGAGGAGCUGGAGAGAAAGAAUGGAUCAUCUCCUGAAACAAGAUUGUCUUACAGAAGCCUUGGCUCUUGCAUGGUCUUUCCAUGAAGGAAAAGCAAAAGCAGUAGUGGGGUUAUCAGGAGAUGUCAGUAAGAGAAAGUCCGUUGUUGCAGAUCGGAUGAUAGAAAUCCUGUUCUAUUAUGCAGAUCGAGCUCUGAAAAAGUGCCCAGACCAGGGAAAAAUCCAAGUGAUGGAACAACACUUUCAGGAAAUGGUGCCAGUCAUAGUUGAUUACUGCCUUCUGCUUCAGCGAAAGGAUCUUUUAUUUAGCCAAAUGUAUGACAAAUUAAGUGAGAAUUCAGUGGCAAAAGGAGUGUUUUUGGAAUGCCUUGAGCCAUAUAUUUUAAGUGACAAAUUGGUUGGGAUUACACCUCAGGUCAUGAAAGACUUGAUUGUUCAUUUCCAAGAUAAAAAGUUGAUGGAAAAUGUGGAAGCCCUCAUUGUUCACAUGGAUAUCACCAGCCUAGACAUUCAGCAGGUAGUUCUCAUGUGCUGGGAAAAUCGUUUAUAUGAUGCCACGGUCUAUGUUUACAACAGAGGCAUGAAUGAGUUUAUUAGCCCAAUGGAGAAACUUUUCAGGGUCAUCGCUCCUCCUCUGAAUGCAGGAAAAACACUUACAGAUGAGCAGGUUGUUAUGGGCAACAAACUUCUGGUAUAUAUUAGCUGUUGCCUGGCAGGCCGUGCCUAUCCACUUGAUGACAUCCCUGAAGAUCUUGUUCCCUUGGUUAAAAACCAGGUGUUUGAAUUUCUGAUUCGGCUGCAUUCUGUCGAAGCUCCCCCUGAGGAAGAAGUCUAUCCUUAUGUUCGAACUUUGCUACAUUUUGACACAAGAGAAUUUCUAAAUGUAUUGGCACUGACGUUUGAAGAUUUUAAAAAUGACAAGCAAGCCGUGGAAUAUCAACAGCGAAUUGUGGAUAUUUUAUUGAAAGUUAUGGUGGAAAAUUCAGAUUUUACUCCCUCACAAGUAGGGUGUCUCUUUACCUUCCUUGCUCGGCAGCUUGCAAAGCCUGACAAUACCUUGUUUGUGAACAGAACUCUCUUUGAUCAGGUCCUUGAGUUCCUCUGUAGCCCUGAUGAUGACUCCCGCCACUCUGAAAGACAGCAGGUCCUCUUAGAAUUGCUGCAGGCUGGAGGCCUAGUCCAGUUUGAAGAGGGUCGGCUCAUCCGUAUGGCAGAAAAAGCUGAAUUCUAUCAAAUUUGUGAAUUUAUGUAUGAACGAGAACACCAGUAUGACAAAAUUAUUGAUUGCUACUUGCAUGACCCACUGAGAGAGGAGGAAGUCUUCAACUAUAUCCACAACAUCUUAUCUAUUCCUGGCCACAGUGCGGAGGAGAAACAGUCUGUAUGGCAGAAAACAAUGGAUCAUAUUGAGGAACUUGUGUCCCUGAAGCCCUGUAAAGCUGCAGAGCUCAUUGCUACCCACUUUUCUGGACAGAUUGAAAUAGUCAUUAAAAAACUUCAGAACCAGGUUUUGCUUUUCAAAUUUUUGAGGAGUCUUCUUGACCCAAGGGAAGGUAUUCAUAUAAAUCAAGAAUCACUACAAAUAUCUCCAUGUGUUACAGAGCAGUUCAUUGAACUGCUGUGUCAGUUCAGUCCAAACCAAGUCAUAGAGACACUGCAAGUCCUUGAGUGCUAUCGUCUGGAAGAAACUAUUCAGAUUACACAAAAGUAUGAACUUCAGGAGGUCACUGCUUAUUUAUUGGAAAAAAAAGGAGAUAUUCGUGGUGCCUUCUUAAUACUGUUGGAGAGACUACAAAGCAGACUUCAAGAGAUAACACAUAAAGGUGAAAAUACCAAAGAGGAUUUCUCAUUGAAGAAGGUUGAAGACACUAUGGUAGAGACAAUUGCUCUUUGCCAGAGGAAUUCACAUAAUUUGAAUCAGCAGCAACGAGAGGCACUCUGGUUUCCAUUGUUGGAGGCAAUGAUGGCCCCACAGAAGCUGUCCAGUUCAGCUGCACCUCAUCCCCACUGUGAAGCCCUGAAAUCUUUGACCAUGCAGGUUCUAAACAGCAUGGCAGCGUUCAUUGCCCUUCCAGCAAUCUUGCAAAGGAUCUUGCAGGACCCAAUUUAUGGAAAAGGAAAACUUGGAGAAAUCCAGGGCCUUAUUCUGGGAAUGUUAGAUACCUUUAACUAUGAACAAACCUUGCUGGAAACAACAACCAACCUUCUAAACCAAGAUCUCCAUUGGUCAUUGUGUAACUUGAGAGCUUCAAUCUCAAAAGGACUCAAUCCCAAACAGGAUUACUGCUCUAUAUGUUUACAACAGUACAAAAGACGCCAAGAAAUGGCUGAUGAAAUUAUUGUCUUCAGCUGUGGCCAUUUGUAUCAUUCAUUUUGUCUACAAAACAAAGAAUGCACCAUAGAAACUGAAGGCCAAACAAGAUGGGCAUGUUACAAAUGCACCUCAAGUAACAAAGUAGGAAAACUGAGUGAAAAUUCAUCUGAAAUUAAGAAAGGAAGGACGACUUCAUCACAGGUAAAAAUGUCUCCACAUCAUCAGUCCAAAGGGGAUCCUGUCACCAAGAAGGCAACCUCAGAACCUGUUCUGGAUCCACAGCAAGUCCAAGCCUUUGAUCAGCUUUGCCAACUCUACCGCGGAAGUUCUAGGCUCACUCUCCUUGUGGAACUCUCCCAGAAUCGCAGCAGUGACAGCUACAGGCCAUUCGCUGGCUCCCAGAGCAGCCCUGCUUUCAACAGCAUCUUCCAGAAUGAGAACUUCCAGCUACAGCUCAUCCCUCCACCUGUAACUGAAGACUAAGAACUCCCCAGAACAGCCCAGCAUGGCUGGAGCCACCUCCAGGACAGGCUGGACCUCAACAUUCCUGCACGAGGCCCAGGCUUGUCCUGCUUGCCACCCUCCUCCUCAGUAGUCUCCCUGUCUCUUUCAGUGCUCUUAUAGCUUCAGUCCCAUAGACUGGCUGGUUUUGUUUAGCUUGGAAUGUUCUUUAGCUCCAUCCAGCUGUUUAGGGAAUACAUUCUACCAGUGGCAUCCCAUGUAUAACAUGGAGAGAGGGCGUCAGCUUCAGGGAACAGCUGAGCACCAGGCAGAAGUCUGUGGAGACCAGAGCUCGCCUAUUGAUAUGUUUGUUAAAACCCAUGUGAGUAGAACACCUGCCCUUCCAAACAAUAAAUGUCUCUGUGUUUGAGUCCUGCA